GAAGCUGAGUAGUAAGUAUUGCUCAGCCUCACUCUUUCUCUGAAUCUGAAGGUGAAGGCUUUAUUCAGCAGGGAACCAAACAUGGCGAGUGUGAUUAUGGCCACAACCUUGGGCUCAUUCUCAGUAAACAGAAGCAGUAGAGAUUGCAGCAAAUGGAGUAGUACCAAUGGGAAACGCAGUGGUCUAACUGUGAAGGCAAUGCGGGUGGAGAAAAGUCUGGAGGAAUUGUACGAAGUGAGAGUGGAACGCAAAGUUUCGCCUGAACGAGUUGCAGAGCUCGGAGUUUCAAGGUGGUCAAUGUGGAAGACCGGCAAGGGCAAGUUGCCUUGGGAUUGGCAGGUGGACCAGUUGGUUUACAUUGAGGAAGGAGAGGUGAGAGUUGUGCCGGAAGGAAGUAAGCAGUUCAUGCGAUUUGUGGCUGGAGAUCUUGUUCGUUACCCUAAGUGGUUUGAAGCUGACCUAUGGUUCAAUGGUCCAUACCAAGAGCGUUACAGUUUCAGAGCUUAUGGUGAUGAUUAAUCGACUUGUAUUACAUCUUUUGACGCAUAUAUAUGUACUCCUGCCUUCCUUCAGUUUUGCCAGAGCUAUUGUCUUUUCUAGAGAUUUAGAACCAUUUCUUCAUUCAACUGUUAAAAUGGUUGCAUGAUACAUGAUAAAGAUGAAUGGAUACGUCGCAAUAAUCAAUCGAACACUGGAAUUGGUAUUACAAUGAACUUCAAAGAUAAGGUAUACUGCUUGAAUGG